UCGAACACAAAUUCUACCAAGGAAUUCACACGAUUGCUGACAGAAUAAGUCGAAAGCGAUUCCAUACGUUUUUCUAGGUAUACCAAGCACAUAACAUUGUGUUGGCAUAGAGUGUUGCGAUCGCUGUUAUUCAAAUGUUUGGAUAUAGUCACGUUCUUUAGCCGACUAUAUCGUAGUAGGUAAAGAAAUUUAAUAAGCGAAGAAUUUUAAGUGGAAGAAGGGCGAAGUAAAAGUGCUCAGAGGGUGGUACUGUGACUUUUCAGUUCUUUAUUAUUUUGUGAGGGCAGUGGUGUGAAAUCAAAGCUGGUUAUUUUGUGCAGUGAGUUCUCGUAAUUUUUGGAAUUAUAGAAAACUGAAUAGAAAUUAUAAUAUGUAUUGUAUGUAUUGGCAUGAAGAAUCGAAUUAGAAGGAUAACCAAUAACGUGGGAAUAAACAAAAUAAACUGACUCUUAAUUAGAUUAAACCGAAAUAAAAAAUAAUAGGAAUAUAUUAUAAAUAGUGCAGUUCUAGUGAUGGCAAACACAAAGGUCGUCGAGCAAUGGGAAAAGGAGCUAGUAAAUUAAAGAGAAAAUCUAGUAUUCAGAAUCUAACCUGGAGCAAAUUUGGCUCCCUUCCGUUACGUUCAAAUAAAUCUCGUUUAAGGAAAGAAAACGCCUUCCAGCCAGCUAAAAAACACAAAGAUGUAUCCGUUUGGUUGCGAGAACUCGAACUCGAGGAGUACCAAGAAUUGUUCAAGACCUAUCAGGGAGUGGAAGAUCUGCUGGAGAUGUCUGAGCAGGAUAUCAAGGAGUUGGGAGUGAAAAAAUCAUCGCACAGAGCGAGGAUAAUCAGUAGUUUGACGUAUCUACGAGCUAAAUAUCAUGAAAAUAUCAUCGUUUCGCCUAUACGCCACAGCGUUGCAGUCGAUAGUAGAAGCAAAUUGAAACGUGACGAUACCUUAACCGACUUGAGGGUUGUGAGUGAGGCCGUUCCAAGUAAAAGUUUAAACAACUUAAUAAUGGAACCAAUGGCAGAUCCAGGUAUGAACGCGGCCGAACUCCGUAAAGCUCUCGAAUGGGAGCUCUCACUAGAUAGCAGAGAUCUCCGAUCGCACGCUUGGUAUCACGGAGCAAUCCCAAGAGUACGGGCCGAAGAAAUCGUACGAGAGGAAGGUGAAUUUCUAAUCAGAGAUUGCACUUCGCAGCCUGGUAACUACGUUCUUAGCUGCAGAACGAAAACGCAUCCCAUACACUUUGUUAUCAACAAGAUUAUUCUACAACCAGAUACAGUUUACGAAAGAGUGCAAUACCAAUUCGAAGACGAUGCAUUUGAUACAGUACCAGAUCUGAUUACCUACUACGUGGGCUCAGGGAAACCUAUAACGAUAGCUUCUGGUGCAAGAAUUCAAGUACCGAAAAAUCGGAUGUAUCCACUUUCUUUCUACGCUUCUAAGUACCCGACGCCUUUGCCACAAAGUAGACUAACUUCUCCAGCUAGUACUCCGGUAGGUCAUCAGUAUCGCCAUAGUCCUUUACAGCCUUAUAGGCCUAGUAAUUCACCUACUAGGCCUUCAAGAGAUGGGGCUCCAAGGCUGCCUUCGAAGAAACAAAGAAGUCAGUCUUUGACGCCAUCUGAGGUGAACAGAAUAUCUCAGGAAAAGUGCAAUAGUGCUGAUGGCAUUAUCCAAUCACCUUUAAUGACCAGAUCGGCUGGAGCGGAUUCUAUUGGUCAUAAUCUUCGAUUCUCUUCACAUUCUUUACCUCGAAAUUCUUACAAUAAACUUUCGUUAUCGUCUAGUGCUAAUACUUUGGGAAGAGACUGUCGUAGUCGAGUUAAUAGUGAUAAUACCUUGUCUCCGUGUUCAGAAAGACAAUUUAUAUCCGGUAACGAUUCGGGUUUAUCUGACUCGCCUCCCCCGAAACCUUCGCGCGUUCCCAGUUUAGUAAGGACGGAAUCGAAAGAUUCCGAUGUAACAGAAGGUCGAUAUAGUGUAGAUGGUAUCACACACGGCGGUUUACAAAGAGUAACGUCUUACCACGCGUCCGGUUCCGAUUCUGGUAACGGUUCUGGUGAUUCCGCCAUGAGUUCGGUUACCGAUACCGGUGAAGUUCCUAAAUCGGGAGGUGUUAUAAUCAAAAAUCCCAGAUACAAUAUGUCCACAUCCGAAUCUUCCACUACUCUUAAAAACUUUGAAAUAGAUUGUGCAUCCGCCGAGGAAAAGUUGUUUCAGAUGGCGUUGCCGGAAUGUGAUUUAUCGUCUCGUUUCGAUCUAGAAAACUUUCAAACUUUAAUGCUUCCCGUUCACGAGAACAAACCAUUAGACGCCCAGGCAUUGAGGAAGAUCAAAAUGACGCUAUUCGAAUCAGGGCCCAGGAUUUUAGCCAAUCAUCUUACUAGAACUGAUUUGGAUCUAAUAUUUGGGACACGGGAAGAGGGAAACGUCAAGUCCAAAUUAACGUUAGGAAUAAAUUUGUGCGCUCUUCCGCAUGGUCAUCAAUUUCGGAUGGAUCUAAUUGAAAGGACUGAAUGUUUAAAAUUGUUAGUGGCCGUAACGAUUUUAACUUGCGCAGAUGAAUCGGAGAGAACGGACACUUUGAACAAGUGGAUAGAAAUAGCAAUAGAUACAAAAACUGCACUCGGAAAUCUUUUUGGCUUCUGUGGAAUAAUGCUGGGAUUAUGUUUACCGCAGAUUGAAAGAUUGAAUACCACGUGGCAUAUGUUACGACAAAAAUACACCGAUUCUGCCUUUAAUUUCGAAGCAAAACUCCGCCCAACAUUAAAGAACAUGAAUAGUUGCUCAAACCCCCAAGCACCGAAUACAACAAUACCCCAUUUGUUGCCACUUAUUCUCCUUUUAGAACGAAAUUUAGAUGAUUUCCUUGCUUCUAACGAUCAAAAUCAAUUAUCCCAAAUAACUUUGGGUUUUUGGGAAUGGAAUACCCAAGAUUUUGGUAUAGGAACGCUUCUAAAUCACAUGGAGACAGCUAGAAAAUAUUUGGAAUUGUGCCCUACGUACCAAAGAAACGCCGAAAUUGUUUUAGGAGAAGCUCGAACUGAUGAACUAACUUUAGAUAUAUUCAGAACCGAGUUUCAGCUUAAAUUUCUUUGGGGAUCGAGAGGGGCUUUCGCCAAUUCAGCAGAGAGACAUUCCAAAUUCGAUCAAGUCCUGACUGUAAUGGCCGAAAAGUACUGUAAUUUUAAGAACGAAAGUGAGGUGUAGUAUCAUUGUGAUCAUUUUAAUUUUAGUUAUUUAAAAUUAUAAACAAAAGCGUUGAAUGUUCUAAGCAAUCAAAAUUAGUUUCGUCAAAGAAACAACAAACUGAUCUCGAUCUCCAAGGCCUUUUGAGUUCAUAAACUGAGCACUGUUUUUGUUUUGUAUAGAUUUUAUUAAAUUAUUUUUUAAAUUUAUUAUUAACGACGGUGUCCUUUAAGAGAUCGGUAAAAAUUUUCGAAAAAGAAUUAUUAGCUACAAAUAUUUGUACAGAAACAAAAUUUUAAUAGGAAUUAUAUUCAACUUUGAGCAAAAAUCGAAUAGGCUGUAUAUAUGAUGCUCAAUCUUCCAAAAAUUAGUAAACAUGAUACAAGCGAAUCGUUAAAUAUAACUAACUAUAUAUUUAAUAAUGUUUGUAAGAGAUCAUAAAUAACCUUCGAAUUAUAUUUAAAAAUUCCCUUGUAUAUUUAGUGUGAUUUAAAAAUAUCCUAACUUAUAUCUUAUCUGACAUUAAUUCCAAAUAAAUAUCCAUUUAAUUCGAGUUAAGUCCCAAUUUAUCCAUACUUUUGAAUAUCUAAAUACAAGGUGGCCAGAUAAGCGAAGCAAGUAAUCUCGUUGAAGGUCUCAUUCAUUUGAGAAACAUCAAAUUCCAAACAAAUUAAUAGGAAUAUUGGGGAUGUAGAUUUUUACCAUUUAAUGUGUUAGAAAGCUACUUUCACGAAGAUAUGUACUUUCCAGUGUUAGUAUCGUAAGUUGAGUUAUUGUCUAGUAGCAACUUGAAAAAGUCAAAUCUAGUGUCAGUUCUUUGUUAGUAAAAACGAUCUGAUUUCAAAUCACACAGUUCCUGUUGUGGUCAGCUAUGCUCAAAUUAUCAAUUGAUAUUGUUAAGAAAGUAAGUAGGGGUAGGAAUUGAAAUCUGUCUUUCAGUUUUUUUAAAAUCAUUAAACCGAUUUUUCAAUUCUAUGUAAAUUUGAGAAAUCAUUUUUAAAGGAAUUGGCAAUACUCUUCUGCUUUAUUUCUAGCUUUUAGAUAUAUUAAAGAUACAAGAUAUCUUCUUUUAUAGUUUUACAGCCUGCUACGUCCCUUCACCUCCCUAAUUUUUCAUUCUUUUGUUGUUCCUACCCCAGGUGUGCAUCUACCAUUUGAUUCUCCACUUCCCUAUUGUUGAAAUUGACUUCACCUUGCAUAGAGUUUGUGGUACUUAAUUUUCUGUGAGUCAAAACACCAUUGUCCUCCUUCAUUCAUAACAUUUGUAUUUCAACAACAAUUUUCGUAAUAUUUAUUCGUCAUAACGAUUUUUCACACAGGGCCUCAUCAUGAAUCCUUUGUAGUCCAACAAACAUGUUUGUACUCUUGCUUGUACCAGGGAGAAAAGUAAGCAUCUCCUCUUCUACGCUGAAUUUGUUUUGAAGAGUUUGUAUAAAAAUAACAAACUGGCUAAUAUACAGAUCAAUACUUCCAUUUCAUAACAAAAAAUAUUCACGUGUUUAACCGUUUUAUGUAAUUUUUAUAUAUAUAUUGAUUAAUAUAGUUUACCCUUCCACCAUUUAUUUGAUGAUACCACGACAGUUUUGAUUUUCUCAGUGAUUUUUGUUACAUUGAAAUGUUUUGCCAUUUUGAAUGCACAUUUUUUAAUAAUUAUUAUUGCACCACCAAAAGCUUUUUCUUUUUAAAAACUAUUUCCAGCACUACAUGCAUCAUUCUGGACGACAGCCUUACUUUAUAAACUAUAUCAGAAUGUGCGUAUUCUUUUAUUUAAAAGUUAUAUUAUAUUGAUAUCUUUCAAUAGAAAAAUUCCACAAAA